CAGCGCCCGGGCGGCUCAGCGGGAGGUGGCGGAGGCCCGGCCCAACCCAACCCGGCCCGGCUCGGCUCUGCCCGGCUCUGCCCGGCCCGGGAUGGCGGCGCGGCCGGCGCUGCCCGUCUUGGCCCAGUCGAUGCUGGCGGCGGUUCUGCUCUCGGCGGCUCCGGAGCCGGUCCCGCGGGUCAGCCUGCCCUACGACUCGGCUGAGCGGGUGGUGCAGCGGUUCAGGAUGCCCGGAGUCUCCAACUACACAGCCCUGCUGCUCAGCCCGGAUGGUGGCACCCUGUACCUGGGGGCCCGUGAGCUGCUCCUUGCUGUCAACACCAGCCACUUCCAUCCUGGAGCACCGGCACGCAGGCUGCCCUGGGGUGCGGAUGAGGAAAAGAAGAGGCAAUGUGUGUUCAAGGGCAAGGACCCUCAGAGGGAUUGUCACAACUAUGUCAAGAUGCUGCUGCAGCUGAACAGCACCCACCUCUACACCUGCGGGACCUGUGCCUUCAGCCCAGCCUGCACCUACAUCAACGUCCAGCACUUCAGCCUGGAACGGGACAGGUCAGGGAAGGUGUUGCUGGAGGAUGGGAAGGGACGCUGCCCCUUCGACCCCGAGUACCGCUCCACGGCCGUCAUGGUCGAUGGUGAGCUCUACGCUGGGACUGUCAGCAACUUCCAGGGCAACGAGCCCACCAUCUCCCGCAGCCAGGAGAGCCGCAUCGCCCUCAAGACCGAGAACUCCCUCAACUGGCUGCAGGACCCCGUCUUCGUGGGCUCAGCAUACCUGCGUGAGAGCUUGCCCGCCGGCAACCCUGAGGGUGACGACGACAAAGUCUACUUCUUCUUCAGCGAGACUGGCAAGGAGUUCGAUUACUUUGAGAACACCAUUGUGUCCCGCAUUGCACGCGUCUGUAAGGGGGACCAAGGUGGGGAGCGGGUGCUGCAGCGACGCUGGACCACGUUCCUGAAGGCACAGCUGCUCUGUUCCCACCCCGAGGAUGGCUUCCCCUUCAACGUGCUGCAGGACAUCUUCGUGCUCACCCCGGGGCAGCUGCACUGGAGGGACACCCUCUUCUAUGGGGUCUUUACCUCGCAGUGGAAUAAGGGUGGUCUGGGCAGCUCUGCUGUCUGUGCCUUCCCCAUGCGCAGCGUGCAGCAAGCCUUCGCCGGGCUCUACAAGGAGGUGAACCGGGAGACACAGCAGUGGUACACAGACACCGGCCCUGUGCCGGAGCCCCGGCCAGGCACGUGCAUCACCAGCCACACGCGGCACCUGAAGAUCAACUCAUCCCUGCAGAUGCCGGACCGGGUGCUGAACUUCAUCAAAGACCAUUUCCUGAUGGACAGCCCGGUGCGCAGCCAGCCCCUCCUCCUGCAGAGCCGCCUGCGCUACCACCAGAUCGGCGUCCACCGCACGCAGGGCCUCCACGGCACCUAUGAUGUCCUCUUCCUGGGCACAGAUGAUGGCCGCUUGCACAAGGCUGUGCGCGUGGACCACGGGGUGCACAUCAUCGAGGAGAUCCGCCUCUUCCCCGCUGGCCAGCCUGUUCUCCAGCUGCUGCUGGACCAGGACAAGGGUCUGGUCUAUGCAGCCACCUACACGGCAGUGGCUCAGGUGCCCUUUGCCAACUGCAGCCUGUACCGCAGCUGCGGUGAGUGUGUGCUGGCACGAGACCCCUUCUGCGCAUGGAGCCGGGGCGCCUGCCGCAGUGUCACCUCGCACCCCCCGGCACACCCCCAGCUCUGGGCGCAGGACAUCGAGGAUGCCGACACGGAGCGGCUCUGCCAGCUGCCCAACGCUUCCCAGCCUCGUCCUCGCGUCCUUCUGCCCCCAGCCUCAGGUGCCCCGUGUCAGCGGAUCCAGCUGCCACCCAACGCAGUGCAGCCGCUGCCGUGCCGGCUGCUCUCCAACCUGGCGUCGCGGCGCUGGCUGCACGACGGGGCCCCUGUCAACGCCUCCUACCUGGUGCUGCCUGACGGGGCCCUCAUCCUGGUGGGCAGCCCUGAGCGGGCCGGCACCUACGAGUGCUGGUCGCUGGAGGAAGGUUUCCGCAAGCUGAUGGCCAGCUACUGUGUGGGUGUGCAGGAACUGGCCCUUGGGCCACCAGACCCCAGCAGGAAGGUGGCUAGCGGCCGGGAUGCCCUGGAAACUGUCAGCACAUCCCGGAGCACCUCAGCGGUGGGCAGUGCGGCAGCACGGCUGGAUGGCAAGACCUACUGGACCGAGUUUCUGGUGAUGUGUGUGCUCUUCGUCACCACUGUCCUGGUGCUGGCCUUCUUCCUCCUGCACCGGCACCGCAAUGGCAUGAAAGCCCUGCUGGAGCCCGGAGACCCCAGCCGGCACCAGAAGCCACCCCGCAAACCAGUGGAGAGCCUGCCCCUGAACGGCAGCAGCCUGCCCAGCACUGUGCCUGAGCACAAGGGCUACCAGGCCCUGCAGGACAACUACAUCGUCAGCACCCCGGUGCACGAGCCCCCGGGUCCCCCACGCGCCUUCUCUGAAUCGGAGAAGAGGCCCCUCCAUGUCCGGGACAGCUUUGUGGAGGUGUCUCCUGCCUGCCAAAGACCCCGGGUGCGUCUGGGCUCUGAGAUCCAGGACUCGGUGGUGUGACGGGGGACAAGAGCCGAGCCCUCACCCACCACUGCCUCUGCUCUGCUGAGCCUCUCCGGACUGGCCGGGGCCCACGUUGUCUGUGUGUGCAUGCCCAGAGCCCGUGGCAGGACUCGGCUCCCCCGGACCUCCCCGGCCUUCGCCUCAGCUGCCCGGAAUGGUGCUGGCAGCUCCGGGUACGAGGGUGCUCCGUGCCUUCCAGGGAUGAGCGGGACUGUUCCCCUGCCCGGUGUCCCCAUCUUGGGGGUGGGUGCAGUGCCCAGCUCUAUGCAGAGGGCAGGAGGGGGGGUGGCCACGGCCCCCCAUGCCCUGACUCACUGUGAUAUCUGGCUGCAGGACUUGAAGCCGUGUGCUGCAACCCCGCGGCAUGUGCCGUGUCUCUGUGCUUGGUUCGUUUUUUCAUACGUUGAAAAUGUGAAUUGUGUCCCCGGGAGGGAGCUGGGAGCCGGGCUGGGCAGCCCCCACAUCCCCACGUGUGUGUGCAGAAACGUCUGUGGUUUUUAUAUAAAGUCCAGGUGUCUCCUUUG